AUGUCUUUAGCGGCGACACUAUCCUCAGGCGGUAUGCGGCCAGCCAGCUUCUUGCCUGCGAUCAAAUGCUCCAACUGCGGCGAUGAGAUUGAGAUUGCAGCCAUGGGCGACCACAUAUGCGGUCCUACACCUGCAUCACAACCAGAGCAGCAGCCAGCGACGCAAAGCAACCCUUUCACGUUGAGGCAAAUGAACGCACAUGGACAUAUGCCUCACGCGCCCUCCCCUCUGCAGCAGCAGUCACAGCCUCCCAAGGCAACGCCAGCUCCUCAGACACGGGUACGAGCACCGACAGUAACAUCCAAGGUUCCACCUGUGCCGAAGUUGCCGCGAACAGCACCUCCACGCAUAAAUCCCGAUGCCGCGAAUCGACCAUUCCUUGCACCAAUGCCUCCAGGCUCAGACUCGCCAAUCUCGCCUGCUCUUAGCGCGCGAUCAGGCAGUAGCGACGGCAGCAGACCACCUCCACCUACCCGAAGUGCUACGAGUCCAAUGCCUCGCAUGUUCGACCCUCGACCACCAAGUCCAGAGAUGACUGGCAGCUUCGAUUGUGCUUUCCCACCAUUUCCAGCACCGAGCAGUGUGGGUAGUGAUAGCAGGCCAGGUACCGCAGGUGGCGGGAAGACGCCAACGCCGAGUGAAAGGGCGGUCUCUCGAGGGAGCUCAAGACAAGGCAGCAACGCUGGAGGCGCGGAAAGACCACCAUGGAUGGCUGGACCCCGAAGUCCGGCGGGUAGUGAUAAUGGCAUGGGCCGGGCGAACACCCUAAAGAGUGGACCAACCAGUUCAGGCAGGCAACCAAGUGACCAAGGCAGUGUACCACCACCGAUGGACAGGCGGCGCCCAAGUCUGUCUAGCAUCAAGUUUGGGAACGAGCCUCCCCCAAUACCAAAUGAGCCCAUUCCGAGACCUUCGACAUCGCACGCCAUGCGGUCUCAAACACCCAGACAACUCACAGCCGGUGGGAGCAAUCUCAUGGCGAAUUCAGAGAUGAGCGCUACAAUCAGGAGUGGCCAGCCAUCAAGACCUGAGCGACCAGAUGAAGAUCUCAUGUCUCCGAAAUUCUUGGACGAGCUGAGUGACGAGCCAGUCGUAGAGAUGCCAUCCAUCUUUUCGCCAUCACAGCCACCCGUACCUGUACGAAGUGCAGAGCGAAGUCGGACAUUCCCAGUGGAUCGCGAAGACGAGCACGAUCUAGCACAGUUUCAUGACCUGCACAAAGCACCAAGCGAGCCAGAGUUACGAAGCAGAGAGCGAAGACCGACUUUGACCGCCGGGUCUGUGUCUGACCUGUCGCACCUACCACAGACCGCAUAUCACCAACGGACGUCCAGCAGAGGCAACAUGAGAAUCGACCCUAGGCUGCAGGAUGCUCCGCCUGUACCCAGACCCGUUCUGCAACAUCGCAAAGAGAGGACACAUUCGCCUUCCGGGUCUGGUUCGUCCACCGCAUCUUCGACUCCUUCAUUGGGCGACAGCACAAGCAGUAGUGGUCCAAGCCCGGUCGAUAGUGCGGCGAGUAGUCUAGAAGUAUCGUCACUCCUCAACCACGGCACGAAACGGUAUGGCGAGGAAGAAGGGAUGCGAGUUGCAGGGCUAAACUUCAAGGUCAGGCAAGAUCCGGGAAUGCGCGCUGAGCAGCCUGCUUAUCGAUCGUCGCCACCAAAGAACUUUGCCCGACCUUCCGCGCCGAGGACUGUAGACGCGCCCUUGAAGUCGCCUACCUUGCCAAGUGCGGAACCGACGCCUCUCGAGUCCCCUAUGGAUCCGGCGCUCGCGCAGCGUGACCCAGGACGAAAUGCCUUUGAGCCAUGGCAGGCUCCUGCAGCUCCCCAAGAUCGAUUAGCACUUCCCACCAGGUCAAAUACUGGACCCGCUCCUAGUAUCGCAGCCGGUGAGGUGGCCCAAGCACAACAGAUGCCGCCAUCAUCCACCUCUUCCUCGAACAGCGACUACGAUCCUUUCAGGGCCCCUUCACCACAGCCACACACUCGCGCACGAUCAAAAUCGAAUGCUGCACCACCGCGAUCUCCAACCUUCAACAUGAACAAUGCACCCGCGAUGCCUCUGCCGACCCUGCCUUCAUCUCAGUACAAAUCUUCCAACCCAGGAACUACGGCUCGCACGCGCUCACCACAACCGGCAGCUGUACCGGCGCCCCCGCCAAUUCCGCAAGAUCCUGUUCGUCCACAGCCACUGACUCGGAGGUCCACAAAUGCCGUGAGAGCGGUGUGUCGAGGCUGCAACAAGACGAUCGAGGGCAAGUCAGUCAAAGCUGCCGAUGGACGUCUGACAGGCCGCUGGCAUAAAUCGUGUUUCGUCUGCCGGUGUUGCGAGCAGCCUUUCCUCACUGCAGACUUCUACGUCAUCGACAACCAGCCUUACUGCGAGCAGCAUUACCAUGAGAAGAAUGGCUCGUUGUGUCAUGGCUGCCACCGUGGCAUCGAAGGACAAUAUCUCGAGACGUCAUCGUCAGCGGGCACCAACGCUGGCAAUGGCAGUGGCAAGGUGGACAAGAAGUUUCAUCCUCGCUGCUUCACCUGCUGCGAUUGCAGGCAGGUACUGUCAGAGGACUAUUUCGAGAUCUCAGGAAGAGUCUUCUGUGAACGUCAUGCACUAGCUGCCAUGAGAGGGCAGGCGAGGAUGAUGGCUGGGCCUGGGUUGGGCGUGGGAGGUGGCAUGCCGAGCAGCAAUCUCAACCCGCAGGAUAAGAAGGCGUUAACUGCCGAGAGGAGGACGACUAAGCUUAUGAUGAUGUAG